AUGACAUUCGCUUCGCAUUACCACAUGUCCGGCACGUUUCACGACGGCGUCCACCCGGGCCUGUUCCGGCCGCCCGUCUCGCCCAGCUCCAGCACCGACUAUCUCUCGUCGUCCACCUUUGCGACCGAGUCGUCCAAGCGGAAAUGGAGCCGCAGCAACGGCAUGCAGACCGGCAGCUUCUUUGAGGAUGUCUACAUGGACAGCGCCCCGAGAAACUAUGCCCUCGCCGGCCAGCUUCACUCUCCCGUCAUCGGCUCCAACCUGGACGACGCCGACGCCGCCAUGGGCGAGAGCAUGUACUCCGACUCCGACUACAGACGAGCCCUAGGCACGAAGCGAUCACGGGACGAAGCCGACGACGAUUCCAGCGGCGGGCCGACGCCGCUCUUCACCCAGCCCGAACCUGAACAGUCUACACAAUCCGGAAGCUGGGGAUCAUUUGCCUUUUCCACCAUCGGGGGUGUCGUUGGCCGUGUGUGGGAGUUUUGCAAGGCCGGUGCCUUCAAGGGCUUUUACGCAGGAGGGGGCACGUCAUAUAAGAUGACGAGUGCAGGCGUUAGCGUGGACGAGACGGGAUCCAACAGCGAUCAGACGUAUUAUUUCCAGGGCGGCUCUCAACAACAGCUGCAGCAAAACUCACAACCGAGCCGUGACUAUCACUUUGGUGGCCGAGAAAGAGGACGGCAUCUACACAGACAACUCCCCAAACGGGACCACUACAGCACCAACAACCAGAAUGCCGGCUACGACUCCUCGUACGACAGCGGUGCAUCAACACCCACCGGUCCGGCGCCCAAGAGACGCAGGCAUACAGAGAAUGGAGGCGAACUGGGCAAGAACUGGGUCAUGAUCCAUGAGCCUGAGGCUGAGACAAGGACACCCCGAAGAAUGCCCUCCUCAGCCCUUCCAUCGCCGCGCUAUCGUACCCAGCAGACGCCUGUGACCGACCGCCGCAUGAGCUCCGCAAGCAGCUUCUCUACUCCCACCACCUCCAAUGCUGCUCCUCUUCGCCCUGCCAGUCGUGCUGCAGGCCGUCCGGCGCCCAGCGCGCCCAAGCCGCCUACCCCUUCCCAUACCCCAAGCAGGAUCCCUGUCAAGGCCAACACUUCGGCCGUCCUCGCAUCGUCGGCCGCGCUCUCGACCUUUGAGCAGGGCCGGAGGCGCCGACACACAGUCGUGCCGUCGUCUUCCGAUCCGACAGCCUCGGCUGGGCAUCGCCGCCGCGGCAGCAUAGCCUCAGUGGCCACUAGUAGGGUCAAUGAGAUUGACGCCAGCCCGCGACUCGACGCCGAGGCCAGGAAGCUGGCUGCUCGCCGUCAAAUGGAGGAGCGUGACAAUGACGAGCGCAUGUCGGCCUUUAACAAACAACUACAAGACAUGAUCCGACAGGGUAGAGAAGCCCUAGGGACGACUAUUGAGGUUGAUGGCAGCUGGGAAGACAUUUCCUAA